AUGCACUUUGCUGCAGAUGAUGUGGUGUUGUCACUUGCAGACAAGCUUGUUGCCUGUCUCAACGAGUUGCGCCUCAGACUCGCUACGUACCGUGUCUGCGCCUUGACGGUCGUGGGCCCAUCGAUCGAUACAGAUGAACGACGCGCGUCUCCCACGUUGACGUACACUGCAAGCGUCAAGAUGGAUGCAGACCGGGCCGCAAAGGCUCGAAAGCAUCCCCAGACUGCAGCCAACUUCUUCGUCGGUACCAACUCUAGGGUGCCGCGCAUGACGUUGGCGCAGACAACUCACAUCAUUCCCUUGCCAGCACCGCCCACGCCAGGCCUCGCUCCCAGAUCAGGCUUCGUGCCCGCUCGACUUCGAGCCUCGCCCUUUCCGAGCUCGCCUUCACCGUUCACCCCAACAACGCCGCCUCGGUCCGCCGCCAAGGCAGGCACCAAAGUUUCGAAAGCGAUCGAGCACUUUUCGCGGCCGUCGCCGUUACCGGGCUCAUCAAUCAGCACUUCGUUUCCGCCCGGGAGCGAGGCACCCGAGCAGAGAUCAGCCGGCUCCAUAACAUGGACGCCCACAAAGUCGAAGGCAGGUGUCGGCCGUGCCGAUUCUGAUGCGUACGUUCGGAACAAGCCGGACAUCCCGACAACGUCACGCCAUCACAUGCAGCCAGUCCCUAGCUCUGAGCGUGUUGGGCAUCCUCACCCCCGUCGGAAAGGUCCCGACACUCGGCCUGGCCUUUCCGAGACCGCAAAUGCCACCUCCAAGAGCGCUUCAAGAGUCGGAGACGUGAAAGGCAGGUCUGCAAACCUCGGCGGGGGCACGGCAGCAUUGCCAGACGCUGGGCACAAUGACGAGGCAUCAGCGACACUCGCCCCAUCCUCCCACGCAUCCUUAAAUUCUCAAUCCCCUCUCAUAGCCUCAGCAAGCAAGCAGCUGGAUCGGAAGCAGCGCGUCGGGCAACACUCGACUGUCACACCUUCGACUCAACAGAUGCCAGCGUCUGCUGAUGACACCCCAGACACACUCGCGCAGAAUGAGCCAUCUGCAGACCAAUCGAACCGGGAACGAGUCCAAUCUGGCAAGCUGGACGACGCAAUAGGCUCGGCCUUGGUUCCUCUGACUGUCUCUUCAAAUCUCGGGGCAGGAGAGCUGCCCAUGUCCUCGGUCCGACUCAACGCGCAAGCAUCAACAUCAUCUGCAGCUCCCCUUCCAUUCGAGGACAAUGAUUCCGUAGAGGAGCUUCUCGAAGCAGGAUAUCUUGACCUCUACUCCCUGCCCAGCUCAAGUGCAGAGUCUACCGGCGCCCCUACUCGACCGGAACGUGUCGCAGAAGCCUCAACAGCAAUGCCUCCCUACCAGGAGCCACCUGCAAAUCAGUCGUUCGACGGCAACAUCGCAGAUCGAGCGGAUACCCUAAUUGGAGAUCAAGAGCCAGUCUCCGGUCGAACAGUCGAAUCGUCUUGCUUGACAUCUUCCUCAAAAUCGCAAUGGCUCAGUCGACAAGGCGGCGUGCUCUUCGAUGUGAGCUCCGAAAGCUCUGCAAGACGUGAGCUGGCGGGGCAUCCCGUUUCGCAGUCAGUAAUAGACGAGCAACCAGCCGGUACAGACGUGGAGCAAGACGAUAAAGGCGAUUGGCCCCUGCUUCACCCGUCCAGUUCAUCGGAAGCUCCGGAAUCACACGAGGACGACUCACCUCGCCAAGAGGUUGAUGACAAACCUCAGGCGUUCAGGGAGUCGUCACCUGACCCUGGAACGCCCUCGCUCACCACCCAGUCGCAACCGGCAUCGCAACGCGAGACCCGAUCAGUCCAUCAGGAGGUACCGGCGACUCGGUCUGCAGCGAUCGACGGUCUUGAAUCCAGCCCAGUUCGAGAUGACGGAUUUGCGAUGUUCGAUUCCUACGCAGAUUUCGGCCUAGUCGAUCAGUCUGAAUCUGGUCCUUUGUCCCAACAUGCUCGGCUUCCCACAAGGUCCGAUUCGCUCGCACUGGGUGGCGCCUCGCAGCAAGUGGAACAUCCGGAUCAUCCGAUGGAGCUUCCCUUGUCCUCUUCCCAUUUACGAGAUGGCGGGGACGGCUUUGUUCAGUCGGCUCAGGAAGGCGAUCCUAGUGACAAUCAAGGUCUCGACCACGAAACAAGGCCACCUCGUUCCCCAAGUCAACCUGGCCCCGACUCAUUCGUGCCGUCUUAUGAUCCAGAUAGGAGGACCGCUUCGGAAGCAGUCUCUCCUGCCUCAGAAGACGAUGUAAAGGCUGUUCCUGCCGAGACAGCCGUCGAUGCCAACAGUACCGGCAAUCGACGCGGAGCAGACUCGGAUCUGGAGGCAGUUGCUGUGCUUUCAGCCGUACGCAAGGAAGCAGCUCCAGUCCGUCUUCAGCUCGAUGUCCAUGCCGAGCUCGAUGCUGACAACGUGGAUGAGGAAGAUGACAGCGAGAGGCAGCUGGCGUUCGAAAGAAUCGCGUCGUGGGUGCGUGAAACUGCUGAAGAUCUCGAGGACGACAACACUGGUGGAUAUCAGUCGCACGACCGACUGGAAGCCUCAGUCAUCUCAGCUCGACCUGAAACUCGUGCUUCUCUGUCUCACUGCGAUGCGCCGGACCUAUUGCUCGAUCUUUCUGGCUUGCUAGCCUCAACGGUACCGGACGAGCUGUCAUCGUUGCCAUCAACGAAUAUCUCGAACGGAUCAUCCAGUCCGGAGCGCAUCUUUGCGAAGACGAAUGACGUCUCGAAGGGGCUGCGCGAUGCGACAAUCACGACCGAAGAGGGGCGACGAGCCUUACCUGGAAUCCAAUCCGAAAGUUCCUUCGUACCACAGCUGCAGAGGUCCUUCUCUCAUCGCUCGCAAGGCCAAAAAGAUCAUUCUAAGCCGCCUCGAAAGGUGCCUGGUCGUCUUCAUAUUCCCACGCCCCAAGAGAACGUCGACGUCAAGGUCCGGCGACAAAGCAUAGAGCUACUAGCCACAAGGAAGGCAAGAGCAAAGUCUCCGAAGCACGAGCCCGCAGCGCUCGAUCCGUCCUCUCCAGGCCCUCCAAGAAAGCGAUCCAGCCAUUUUAACAACGCUUUGCGAAUGUGGUCGCAUCCAGCUGACGACGAGGAGCAGUUUCCCGUCCAUCACGACCGGCAGGGCGAACAUGUUGGGCGAAUGGCCAAGCUUUGGGAUGAUGCUGGUCAAUCGAGUGAGGAGGAAGAAGUUGCUUCAGUGACCGUAUGCAAGCGCAUGACCCUCAGGCGCAUGUCGGGCUUCACGGUCCAUUCCACGCCUCGGCACGAAACUCCUCCCCUGCCUCUGCCAGGCAAGCUGCGCGGACGAACCGAUGAGGUCUUCGGUCCCCAGGUGGCCGUCGAAAGGGUCGAUGCUGGCCAACGGAGCUCGCUCAUUCACGCCUGGCGUCAGGCUGACGCAGGCCCUAGUCAGAUCCCACUUGAGGCAAGACGAAGCGACAUUGCCACAAAGCGAACGGCUGCUCGAGCAGAGCCCACGUCAUCUGACGAAGUUUUGGGCCUUGUCUCGCCUCGAUCGCUUGGUAAACCCCAGGCACCUCUUGCUGAGGUUCGGCGACAAGCGCCCGGUGCUGACUUUGUUGCCGAGUCGAUAGAGGUUUUACGAUCCGGCGACAGCGUUGCUCGAAGCGACGAUAACGGUCCAGGUGCCUGGUUGAAGCCGACAGCAGCCUCGCACCGCGACCUCAAGCAGCUGCAGCUUCCGAACACGCGUACAAAUCUGGAUAGCAGCAUCAGAGCCGACGUCAGGGGCAGUGACAGCACUCUUCACACCUCCUUCUCGGAAAGGUCGACGCCGAACACGAGCCGUGCGGCUGCUUCGGCGCUGACGGACGAAACGCGCAUCUCGGACCUAGCAAGCUCGCACCUACCGUCUUCAUCCAGCAAAGCUUUUCGAGCGCAAGAGAACGUCGCACAGAGUCGGACGCACUCCAAGCCCACGUUGCUUGGAUCCAAGCCCAAGAAUCGACAGUCUGGCCGCGCGCAUCGUCUGGAUCCCGGCUACAACACUGGCUUGCAUGCAGAGCACAGUCGACAGUACGAGCGGGAUCCGGCGCACCUCGGCCGUGAAGAGCCCUUGACCUCAUCUCACCGCCACGAGCGUCAUAUGGACGAAGAGGAUUACGUUGCGGACUCGGCGCGAUUUUCGGGAAGGCAGGGAUGCACGGGCGCGCAUCGCUGCACUUGCGGACAAGAUCGACAUUCCGACCAGAGAAGCCAAGCAUUCCCGGCGUUUGAGAUCAGCUUUCAGAUGCAAGAGCCAAAGAUGGCCCCGCACUGCUCGCCUGGAUCCAUGUUCGAAUUCGGGUUGCGCGUCCUCAUCAAGCCUUGCGGCGUCGACGACGCUGCAAAUGCAACCUGGCGAGUGCGCCCGCCGUCGGCGCUCGAGGUGCAUCCUGGCGCCGAUGCCGGCGGGCGGAGCAGCGCACUUCGGUACGAGCACAACGACCUCACGCCUUGCGAGAUGAGGCGAGUGCAGCACGAGGCACAGGAACAGCUGGUGCACACGCUCACCUCGCCACGGCGGCGCCCUGCUGCGUCUGUGGACAUUGGCGUCGGCGGGACCGAGCGCGGGCUCAGCUCGCCUUUCCUGAGCCCAGGCACCAUCGGCGCAUCAACGUCGACAUCCGCUCGCCCUCCGUUGCGCGAGAUGAUGCUGGGGUCUUCGCGCGCUGCGUCCAUCACCACAUCGAGAGACGCCGACGACGGGUCGCGCUCCCUGCGCACGCCGGCAACGUCGGUCUCGCGCCGCGUCGCACCGGUGCUCGCAUCGCCUCUGCCGUACAUCAAGCGGGCGCCGCGGACCGCCGUCGCUCCCAGCCGCGCGCUUCGCUAG